CCAACAUCUCAGCGACAUUUCAUCAAACAGCUUCUUCUCUCCGCUCUCCAGCUAAACCAAACAACAAAAUGGCCGCCACCAGCCACGUCCGAUCCAUCAGUUUGCCCACGGGAACUCACCCCACAACCCUCGCCGUCGAGGUCCAGCUCGAGAGGUUGAGAUCCUCCGAAUCCGCAUCCACCGCGGAUUCCACCACCCAAUUGAACAUCCUCAGAGAGCUCCACGAAUGCGUCGACGACUUGCUUCAAUUGCCCGCGACCCAGAAAUCUCUCUCCAAAUCCAUGGAGGAAUCCCUUAUCAACGGAUCACUCAGGUCACUGGAGAUCUGCGGAUCCACAAGGGAAAUCUUCGCCCAGUUGAAAGAUUGCGUGAAAUCACUCGAAUCCUCACUGCGAAGGAAAAGUAGCGACUUGACCAGUGAGAUCGAAACGUUCGUGAGUUCAACAAAGAGGCUGAGGAAACUCGCCUGCAAAACCUUGAAAUCAUCCAAGAAGAGCAAAUCCCCCGCAGCGGAUCUCGAACCGAAAGACUCGAUCUUUGGGCUUCUGAGAGAAGUCGAAUCAGCGAGCUUCGGAGUGUUCGAGUCCCUUUUGAGCUCAGUUUCUGGUGCGGAAUCGAGCGGGUGGAGUGUUGUUUCCAAGUACUUGAAAUUCAAACAGGACAAGGAGAGUGAAAUGGGGAAAUUGCAGUCUGAAUUGAUGGCGUUGAAGUCGAGCUUGAGAGCUGUGAAUUCAGUUGAAGAGGUUCAGAAGGUUUUGAAAGGACUGAAAGGGAUGGAAUGGAGCCUUCAGGAAUCUGAGGAGGAAUUGGAGUGUGUUUACAGGAAACUGGUUAAAACCAGAGUUUCUUUCCUCAACAUUCUGAAUCAUUAGCUCUCUAUAUGUAAACAAGAGCUGCAAAGUUCCUGCAAAUAUGUAUAGAAACAAUUUUGUUAAUUGAUACUGUGAUUGUGAAUACAACAUGAACCAAUUUCAUCACAUACCAUCCAAUUUGUCUUUCCACUUACAAUAUAAUAACUGAUCCAAUCAGUCUGAAAGUUUAAGGUAACAAGAGAUGAAAUCGGAUAGGUUUGUGAAAUGGCAUUAAAGAAACUGGACUACUGUCAUUGCAAGAACAAGAACCACGAAACUGGACUACUGUCAUUCCUAGAGUAACAUCCGCUGUUAGAUCAAAGACCAAGCAGAUAGAUCAGGCAGCUUCUUAAUCGACUCGCAAUCGGUGAUCUUCAAUCGUCGCAACGAAUCCAAUUUGCCAAGUCCCAUCACCGCAGUCAGCCUAGGACAUCUGAUAAUUGUCAUCUCCCACAAGUGCUCCAGAUCAGAUAGCUUGGGCAAAUUCUGAAUCAACAGUUGUCAAGCUCAGUUACUCCAGCUAACUGAUUGCACCCUGUAAUUUCCAACUUCCAUAGGUGCUCCAAAGCAGAUAGAUGGGGCAGCUCCUUAAUCGUCCACAAAUCAGUAAUCUCCAGUUCUUUCAAUGACUUCAAUUUGUCAAGCCCCACCACCUCAGUCAACUGAUGGCAUUCUUUGAUCACUAGAAUCCAUAGAUCCCCCAGUUCGCCAAGCCCUUGGAUUCCUGAGAGUGGACAAUUAACAAUGUGAAACUCCUAUAACUUGGUCAAAUUCGACAGGCAGUGUAGUUUUCUCAGUACACCACAACAAUUCACAAACCGAUGAUCUCUUGUACCCCAAUAAAUCUCAAAGUUAACGUCAUUAAGUUACUCAGAUUUGCAAGGUUCGACAGUCUCUCCAAAUGCUGGCAACCCUCAAUGGAUAUGGAGUUUAGAGACGGCAGAAGGGUAAGCGAAGAAGAAAUCAGGGUUCUCGUACCACAUCGUCGAGAAUCAUGACUCUGAUUAAUUGGUUCCUGGUGAAGAGCAAGGGCAUCCUUCCCCUUCCCAACCUUCAUCAACCACAGAUCCUUCAACUUGGAGAGCUUCCACAUAUCCUCAGGAAUCUCAAGUGUAUUACAAUUCAUGAAAGGUCCAGUCUCGUAGUUCUUGGUCUGUAAAUAUACGUUGUUAGGUGCUCCAUUUUAUUUUCCCAUUGAGGCCGAAUCCAUAGCUGCUCAAUAUCUCUCAUUGACAUCUCCAAUUUAAGAUUUUGCACAUCUAAUCUCCAAAUAUUUGGAUUGUGGUAAAUCAGUUUGACUAUUCGUGCCCAUGGCUAUCUGAUCACAUAAACAUAUAAAUUGAUCUUCAUAUAUAUGAAAUGAAGUAGGAAAAUUAAU